AAUUCUAGAGCGGUGCCUCAGUGCUGCUGAUAACAGGCUGCCUGGCUGUGCAUAAGCAAAUAAACCCGUGUGAUCAGCUGACUGCAAGAAGGAGCAAACACAAGAAAUGGAUGAAACAUUAAAUGUGGACACAGAGCAGACGCUCACUUGUUUAACCCUCACCAUGUAUCAUCCAAAUCACCAAGAUCAAAAACUCUUCAGAGGCAUCAAUUUUAGCCGUAAAGAAGAAAUAAAAGCAGAUGCGGUUGUGGCCUUUGGACGCGACUAUAAUGUUUGCCGCUAUCCUUUGCUUAGUAACAGAGUCUCCCGGAUUCAAUUCAACUUGCAGUUCUUCAAGCAUUUCAACUGCUCCACUACCGCCAUUGAGAUAAAGAACUUAAGCAAAAAAAACAAACUUUAUGUGGACAACCUGGAAUUGGAUUAUCUCAACAAGAUUGAACUUCCACCAAAGUGUAUGAUCCGCUUCGGAGACUUUCAGAUAUUAGCAGUAAUCGAAAGAGGAGACUGUGAUGAGAAGUUUGAAAUAUGCUGUGAAAAAUCCCACGUGUCCCUUGUUCAGGACAGUUUUAUACCAACUAUGCAGCCAAUUCCAGAAUGUGGAACCCUAAAUGCUGUUGAAAUUGAUGAGAAUGAAUAUUAAAUUUGUAACUUAAAAUUCUAUACCACAAAAUGGUGGUGUAACUAGAAAGGCUACCAGGCCAAUUCAUUGUAGGCCCCUUCCCUUAACUUUGGAAAUAAGACAUUUUUUCAUAAACAUGUAAGGAUUAUCGGUCCCCAAGGGACCCCCCCCCCCCCAACAGCUGCAGGGGCUGCCACCUCUAUAGUUAUGUACUCAUAACAGAUUGUUGUCAUGAGAUGCUAGAGUCAGAUGGAGCUGGCAGAGGCACAUUCAAGUAAAUGGAAAGGCCACUGACAACACUGCCUUCAGUAAUUAGUGUGCUAUUUGUGUAUUGACUCCAAAUGCAGUUUUUAGAAGUUUAUGCAACACUGUGUCAAAAUACUCCCGGGAAACCUAUCCUGCCAAACAGUAUUUUAAUUAAAAAAAAAAAAAAAAUAAUCAGAUAUAGUAUAACAAUACCCUACUGUUAACAUUGUACAGAAUCACUUUAACCUGAAGGAAUGACUUAUACUCAGUAAGGUGACUUUGCUGUUAUAAAAACAAUUUUUCUUCUGAAUUUUUCCUCUGAAAACAUGUGUAAGUAUAGCUGUAAGGUGUUUGUAUUAAACUUUGAGAUGUUAUAACUAUAAAUAAUCUGCAUAGCAAUCCUUAACACAUCAUUCUUAACGUAUUAUUAAUAUUAACAUUUAUUUAUAAAGCGCCAACAUAUUCCGCAGUGCUGUACAAUAAGUAUGUGAUGUAGUUGGGGUCAGUGGUCCCCAGAGUUAUUCUACUUUGCUUAAUGGUGCACCCCAUAAUAUGAACUCUUCCUACCUCAUAACCCCCCCCUCCCGUGACUUUGCUGUUACCCCAUGUGGUCACUCCUCUUGUUUUUUUUUUUUUUUUUAAAAAGUUUGAUGUUUGGAUCAAAAAAAAGUUGCACAGUACACAGGGAAAGAGAGUGGACAAAUAGACUAGCCACCUGGGGGUUAGAACCAAGUAUUUAUGGUCAGGAGCAUAUCAUGAGCAUUAAUGUAGAAUGGAGCAUUGGCCUUUCCCAAUUACAAACACUCACAAACAUUAAUAUUGUAUUGUUAUAGCAAUAUUGCUUGAUAAAACAUUUCCCCAGUCGCUCCAGAUUCAGCAGAUACAUUAUAGCAAAUAAUCAUUUCAUAAGAAUCCCAUCUGAAGUGUAAAUUUUGCUCCAUAUUCCUUUUUUUAAAUUUUUUUUUUAAUGCAAAGGAAAAAUGGAAAAUGAAAGUAACUGCUUGCCCUGCAGGGCAGGUAAAAUAUGAUAGCUCAGAUUUUUAACUAUGUUUUACAGGUAUGGAUGUUUAAUAAAGAUUUUGAGAUUAUUUAAUUUGAAAAGGACUUUUGUAAUACAGGUUAUGAGUGGGUGACGUCCACCUGAUUUACUAACCCACGAAUCCGAAUUGGAAAAAUUCAGAUUGGAAAAUCAACAUUUUGCAAUUUUUUCGUUGCCUUUACAACUUUUCGUAAAUUGUCGCAACUUUUUCGUAACCAUUACGACUUGCGCGAAAAGUCGCGACUUUUUCGUAGCCAUUACGAUUUGCUCGUAUCUUGUCGCGACUUUUUCGUAUUGAGCGCUCGUUAACUGCGGGCAAAACUUUCAGACUUAGCAUGAUUUUGGAAGCCUCCCAUAGGACUCAAUGGCACUCUGCAGCUCCAACCUGGCCCAAGAAAAGUCACGAUACUGAAGCUUGAAUGAAUCCGAAACGUUCGUACUUGGUGCGAAGGCUACGAAAAAGUCGCGACAAUUCGCGCAAGUCGUAACGCUACGAAAAAGUCGCGACAUUUUGCGAAACAGUCGGAAUGGCUACGAAAAAGUCACGACAAUUUACGAAAAAAAUCGCAAAAUACCGAUCAUUACGAAAAAACCGCAUUCGGACGCCUUCGGACUGUUCGUGGAUUAGUAAAUGUGCCCCUAAGAGUGCCUAACAUUUUGGCACCCCCAAGUGACUUAGCCUUUCCUCCUCCUUUAAGGAAAAAAUUUAAACUGCUAGGCACAGUGAUUAUUAAUAUUCCAUUUAUUGGAGAAAAAUGCCAAAGUGGUCUUGAUACAAUAGAAAUUGUGGAGGAAGAGCUAGGUUACCUUUAUCAGUAUUUUAUAUUUGUGUUCCAAAAAAUUCUGCUUCCCAUCAAAGUGACUCAUAUUUUACACAGCUUCUGCAUGUGGUUAUAGUUUGCCCAUUAUAAAUAGAGAAAGGGACUUUUAUGACAUGGUCAAAAACAGUACUUCUUUCAAAUGGGUGUGUUGCAAUAGAAGUCUGCAAAGGAUGAUGAAGAAAGUUCAUUAUGGACUGUAGGUGCCCAUACACCUUCAGAUCCACUCGCCAGGCUAAUUCAAUCUGGGGGGCAAACGAUCGAAUUAUAACGACGGGUAUAGGCAAAGUUGGUCCGGGGAACGCAUCAACAAGCCGAUCCGACUAGAUUUUUUAACCUGUCCGAUCGAUAUCUGGCCGAUUUCAGGCCAGAUAUCGGUCGGGCAGGCCCGUCGGUAGUGCCCUACACGGGCUGAUUAGCUGCCGAAUCGGUCUAAGGGACCGAUAUUGGCAGCUAGAAUCGGCCCGUGUAUGGGGACCUUAAGUCUUUGCUUUACUAUACUAAUUAAACAGAUAAACAACUCUGAAUCCCUUGUGUCCAAAAUCAGUAUGUGCAGGCUCAUGUAUAUUCCAAGAAUUUGUGAGGAUAUUGUGGUCAGAAUGUGGUGCAUGGAACACCUAUAAUUUUUCUUUAGCCGCUACCUGUAACAUGGGUUAUUUUUUCUUAGGCGAAUUCUAGAUGGGGCUGAUUCUUGGCCUGUAGAAAAACGCAGGCCAAGAAUCAGCUGCUACACUGGCAUUAGACUUAUGUAGACAGUAAAUAUAUAAGGUUGCAUAUUACUGUGUAAAUAUUAUGUACCCGCUUUGUGCAAUAUCAGCCAACUGGUAGUGCUUUUGGUGUUGCCUGAUACAAAUACCCAGACACCACAAGAAAUAAAAUAGUCCCUUUAAAGAUGGAUAAAGGCAGAGAACGAUUUCUUUUUGGCCUUAUAAAUUAUUGUAGAGUCAAUACCCAGAGCUCACGAGUGAGGCAGUGUUAACCCUUUCAUGGUACUUUGCAGAACUGGGUUUCUGAGUUUAAUUCUUAUCAGCACACACUUCAAAAAGCGCAUGCAUGUUAAAGGGAUGAUUCACCUUCAAGUUAACGUUGUAUGUUAUAGAAUGUCCUAUUCUUAGCAACUCUGCAGUUGGUCUUUAUUUUAAUAUUUUUUUAUUUAUUUACUCUCCUCUUCUACAUCUCAUCUAGCUCAGAUGGGGGUCACCGAUUCCAACAGCCAAAAAACUAUUGCUCUUUGGGACUAUACUUUUGUUGUUAACUUUUAUUACUUAUAUUUCUAUUAUGUCUCUCUCCUUUUCAUAUUCCAGUCUCUCAUUUCAACCACUGCCUGCAAUUCCACCUCUUCAUUGGCUGCUAGACUGGAGGGUGUGUUUAGUAAUUUGAGCUGAGAACAACUGAGCAUGCCCACAAGCCAGAAGUCAAAGCAAAUUCCUGAGGGAGGGGGGUGAGUGGGUUACAGAAGGAGAAAGAAAUCUAAGUGAUUAAGGAGAUGCUGCAGCCUUACUAUUAACCUCUGGACAACCAGUGUAGCAGGUAUUGAAAGAUUUCAAAGAGGCUGUUCACGGAUUACAUUUUUGGGUUUGGUUUACAUGUCCUUUAAGUGCCCUUCUGCUGGUCCUUGAAACAUAACUGUAGGUACAUAAGGUUUGUAUAAAUAAAACACAUUGGUAGACAACAAAA